UUAUGAAGAAUAUGCAAUUAUCUUAUGAUGAAUUAUGCUAAAAUAAAUUGUUAGCUUUUACUAUAUUUUCUAAAGUUAAAGCACCAUAUCCAUUAAUUGAAGUAAAUUAUAAGUUUAAAUAAGUAAAGUGAUACAGCUGAAUUUAAAUUGGCAUUACAAGAACAUAGAUCAAGAGUUUCAACUACUUUGUAUUUCUCAGUGCUUUCUACAUUUACUUUUUGUUUAAUUUUGAAAAUGAGAAAUCCAAUUUAUGCAUUGACAUCUAGGUAUAUAUAUAGAUAUAAAUAAAAAUAAGAUCAUCUUUUUUCGGAGUAUUAAAAAAAUAUUAUUUUGUUCCUGUUUUGCUUUCAUAACCAUUCUAAAAAUAGAAUAGACAUAUUUAUGAUGAAAAAGUAAAUAAGAUUGUGAAAAAAUAUGAUUUUACUACUCCUGAAUUUUAAAAAGCAUUUCAAUAGAUUGAAGCUGAGGGAGGUUUAAAGAAAUUUAUGAAAAAGUACCUUAUAGAGAAAGAUGAAGAACCAUAGCAACCUGCUUAACAAACAUAAUAAUGAG